GCCUGCCUAUUGGUUGCUGCGGCUGUCCGUCAGGCUGCUGAUGCGCUCUCCAGGCAGAGAAUGAGUCAGACGUGGUCUGAGGCACAAACGUCUGCGCGACUCGAUGGCAAAGCACACGCACUUCCUCCUGCUUCCUGCGCUGCUGUGUCUGCCUCUGCCCCCCCUCCUGCGCGCCGUCCCAUGGGAGAGCUCAACGACGCCCCCAUCCCCAGCGGCUGGCAUCAGGGGGGAUGCAGAGGUCAGUGAGGACCACAGUGUCCCCCAUGAGAGCAACUCCCCACACCCUCUCAACAGAAUUCUGCAGUCAGGUGGGAGGAGCCACUGGAGGACUCCACCCACAUGGAACCGGAGGCUGCUGCAGACAGGCUCGGCCCCCUACCCCCCUCUGAGCGUGUCCCCUGGCGGAAGGACGUGCAUCCUGUUCCGCGCCCGCAAGCUAGCCGUCAGCUACCGCAACCACACCGCCGUGGACCUGACCGAGCGAGCCUUCGGACCCGCCGCGUCCGUGGACACCACAGACUCCACCUGCAGCAGAGACAGAGCAGUGCUGUCUCUGAACUUUGGAGACGUGGAGAAUCUGAAGGGACUCGUCAUUAGGCUGGAGAUGUCCAACAUCUUCUAUGAGUCCACAGAGCAGACGUGGUUCACCUUGGACAGCGUGCAGAUCCUCUACCACCGGCAGCUCCAGGCCACGUUCCACGCCCCGGAGAUUUACGCCCCCGCCACACACUCCUACCACUGCCAGCGCGUCAGCAGCGUGCAGAAAUAUGACUCACUGCUUCUGCCGAGCGAGGGGGGGCACGGCAAGGGGGGGCCCGGCGAGGAGGGGCACCGCAGAACCUCACCUAACUGGCACAUCACCUUCACAGACUUCCAGGUACCGCGUGUCCUCACGACUUGUCACAUGACCUGUCGCACACCCAACAUUCACGCGCAUGCAUAUCAUUGAAACUAACUCAGGAGGGCAGGAGCGUCUGUACUGAGUGAUGCAGACCAUAAGGGCGCUAUAUGGGUAGAAUGGCCUGAGAGUUAUUAAAACAAGUUAAUGUAAUGAGACUUGAACCUGUGUGGGACCUGGAGAGCUCACAGUGUCUCUUAGCUGAAGCUGUGUGGGUCCAGGUGAGCUCACAGUGUUUCUGAAGCUGUGUGGGUCCAGGUGAGCUCACAGUGCCUCUGAAGCUGUGUGGGUCCAGGUUAGCUCACAGUGUUUCUGAAGCUGUGCGGGUCCAGGUGAGCUCACAGUGUUUCUGAAGCUGUGCGGGUCUAGGUG